AUGCCCAGCGUUAUCUGGUUGAAAAGGAGCGCGCUAGAAAAAAAAGGGGAAAAGAAAACGAACAAGGACGAGCACUUGAUUCCUCCAGCUCAGCUGAAGUUUCGGGCACAGUUAUUCACUCGCCUUUCCAGACUCGUGAGGUUUCUGCCUUUGCGUGAUCUGGAGCCAAGGAAAAAAAUAUUAUAAACGGAGGAGUACCAACCAGCGACCGAUCAAUCAUCCCCCCCACCUCUUUCAUGUGUUUAAAGUUUCUUCCGUAUUGCCAAUGCGUAUCAAUAAUCCGUAUUUCCGAGGAUUGCGAAAAGAACACACUGGCGAUACUAAGAAAAGAGUAAAACCAAAUACAGAAAAUAUAUGACCUUUGUCAUCUUUUGAGGAAAAGAAUUAACUGGACCGGAGAGUCGUAGGAAAAGCAGCCAGGUCUAAACAAUCGCAGCCAUGGACAUCCCUCGUGGGCCAGCAGAUUUCGGAGAACCGGGAAGAAUACAACUGUUUAACGGGUCUGCUUUUCCGACGAAUUAUAGCGCUUAUAACCAGACUGACGGCUUGCUGCCCACCAGUAUCAAGAUAACCAUUGUUGUCGUGUACAUGGUCGUCUGCGUGGUAGGACUCGUGGGAAACUGUCUGGUCAUGUACGUCAACCUCAGGUACACAAAAAUGAAGACGGCCACCAACAUCUACAUCUUUAACCUGGCCCUGGCAGACUCGCUGGUGCUGGCCACACUGCCAUUUCAGGGCACUGACGUCUUCCUGGGCUUCUGGCCCUUUGGGAACGUCCUGUGUAAGGUGGUCAUCUCCAUCGACUAUUACAACAUGUUCACUAGCACCUUCACGCUCACCGUAAUGAGUGUGGACCGCUACAUUGCGGUGUGCCAUCCGGUCAAGGCCCUGGACAUGCGCACGCCCCACAAGGCCAAGGUGGUCAACGUGUGCGUUUGGGCCCUGGCCUCAGCCAUCGGGGUGCCGGCCAUGGUUAUGGGGGACGUGGAGGUGGAGCACAAUGGAAUCGAGUGUAUCGUGGUAUUGCCAGACCCGCGUAGCUACUGGGAACCUGUGUUUGGCACCUGCGUGUUCCUCUUCUCCUUCGUGGUGCCGGUAGCCAUCAUAAGCGUGUGCUACAGCCUGAUGGUGAAGCGGCUGCGCAGCGUGCGGCUGCUGUCGGGCUCACGGGAGAAAGAUCGCAACCUGCGGCGCAUCACGCGCAUGGUGCUGGCUGUGGUGGCGGCCUUCGUGGUGUGCUGGACGCCCGUGCAGAUUAUGGCGCUGGCCCAGUCCCUUGGCGUCAACCUAGGCAGCCUGCUGACGGUGGCGCUCAUGCACUUCUGCAUCGCCCUGGGCUACGUCAACAGCAGCCUCAACCCCGUGCUGUACGCCUUCCUGGAUGAGAACUUCAAGCGCUGCUUCCGGGAGUUCUGCCAACCCGCCGCAUUGCACACGGACGCAGCACCGCGGGUCCCAGCACGUGCCUCAGGGGGCCCCGGUGUACGGGGGGACACCUACGAUUAUGGCUGCGGGUCUGCCGACGGACACGGCCGUGCCGCAUGACUAGAUGUGGAGCUGCCUCUGGCUGGAACAGGACCGCCCAAACCAGGCAGCUCCAACAGCGAAGUGACCCAGAUCACCAACCUGUAGCUCUGCAGGUUUGGAGAUGAGCAUGUAAAUACACACAGACAAAAUUCCACAUGGGACAAAGGGGCUCUUGUUUUUACUGUCUAGCAUCACUGCGCCUUUGAAGGUUGCUUUUUAAUUUUUGGUUGCCAUUUCCAUCAUCAUGCUGUAGUACUGAAGAACUCGGGUUUAUACAAAAGCCUCACAGACUGACUAAACAUAGUUGUGAGACAUCAAAUCAAUUGGGGACCCCAUCUGCAUAGAAAUGUAAUUCUUGUCAGUUUCACAUGGACUCCAGCACUUCAUCAAAGCAGAAGAAAUUUUUUUUUCUGACAGUACACACUGGUCUAGUAAAAAAAAAGACCCUGACAACAGUAGAUGACAUUUCCCUACCGAGAUUUCCAGCCUGCCUUUAACUGUGUAUUUGGGUGAAAACCGAAGCCGGACAAAUUGGGCCAGCCCGAUAAUAUCUUCUUGACUAUUAUCCUAUAUACUAAUGUAUUGAAUAUAAAUGCAUGUCAACAGUGUUAGAUCAACGGUCAGAACAAAACAGAGGAUAAUGAGUAGUGUGUGACUGCAGGGUUGGCCUUUGUGUCACCUAGACUGCCAGUAUGGCUUUACCAUUGAGCCCUUGAUCAAGAUCCUUAACCCCAAAUUGAUCCUGGAAUUGUCAGUCCCUGCUUUCCCAAAAAUGUAUGUUGCUUUGGAAAAAUGUAUUUGCUUAUAAAUGUAAUGUUUGUAAAACAACUCAUGGCUCAAUUGCCCUCCACUGAUGUUUGGAAGGAGCCAUUUGACCAAGAUGGGGAAGGAACAUGGACUCUAUCUUAACAACCUCCUGAUGCCUGGAGAGAUUUGUGGGAGGGUUAUUAUCGUCUGAAAUAACAUACCUGCCGCUGAAAUUACCAAAAGGACUUUGUUUAUGUUUUGAUAACAAUGUUGAUUGGUCACAGUGAUUAAUGAUGGUUUUAAAUAGUGCGAACAUGCCAGUAUCACUACAGUGAACAUUCACUGAGCACAGCUACUGUGCAUCUGUGGUGAGGCUGGAUUGUUGGAACUGGUUUAUAAACAGAUGGACUUUACAAACACUAAGGAAAGAAGACAAAUGUUCUAUAAAUAUUAUGUGUAUAUAUAUAUAUAUAUAUAUAUAUUGUUGUGCCAGUUAUGAAGACUUGAAAUGUUUUCUUCCCUGCAUUGUAAGUUUUUCAGAUAAAUGGACGCAACGUAGCACAUUCCACCUCACACGACUUACACUUCAGAAAGGUUAUAGGUUUUUGUAAAUACUGUGAAAUGGGAAAUUGUUCAUGCAGUUGUUGCUUUCUGCUAGACAAUUGCUUCAGAUGUUUUGCAAUUUUGACUUUUAGCUGUAGUAUACACGUUUUGCCGAGCAGGGAAGGAUACUGCAGAGGAAAUGCUCUGAUUUACCCUUCCUUAGUGGUGGGACAUCCUGAACCAGAGAAUAAGUGGACAAAGAAACAAAUCUAAAAUCUCAGAUACAUCUUGAAAGCCAGAAUUACGGCUUGUUUGGUUUUUCUAUUGGAUCCAGCACUGCUGGACAUGGAACACACCGUGCUUUACAAGUGUAUAAGGAUAUUUUGUUUACAAUGAGUAUUUAAUGGCCUAUAAAACCUGAUGUUUUGUGAUUAUUUGUUCUUGCUAUUUUGAAGAAUAUAACAAACUGUUUGAAUACAAAAGUAGCCUAUAAUAGACCAAAAAGAGUUUUAUUUAUAUGUAAAUAAACAUGUAAAAACAGCUAUGGUAACUGCAAUGCAAUAUUGCUCUUAAUUAACAGUCCUUUGUGUUGUGUUUACUGUAGGCUCUUGUACUGUGAAUUGUUCGUUUUGCUCCUGUGUAAAACAGAGAGAAUUGUAUUCAUUUAUUUUCAAACAGCCAAGUGUUAACAAAC